CUUCGUCCCGCCCAUCUCGUCUUGCUCCUUUCCACCUUCCCAUUUCCCCUUUCCACUCGUCCCCUUGUAACAAACAGAAAAGGAGAAGGGAAAAAAAAUAAUAAAAAAAAUACACCAAUGGCCGCGCAAAAUUCUCCCACGCUUGAGCUCGGCACCGUCCUGGUCGUGGGCGGCUGCGGCUUUCUGGGCUGGAAUAUCGUCAACCAGCUCCUCAAUUUCCCCUCCGAGACAGACCCAGCUGCAGCUCUCCCCAAAGUCACCAAUGACCCGCGCUUCGAAUACCCUGACCUGAAGGGCCGCUAUCCGUCCUACAAUGCCAAGGUUCACAUCGUUGACCUGCGCACAACGAACAAUCGACUGCCCGGCGCUCAGUACCAUGAAGGCGACCUCACUUCCGUUCCGUCUAUGCUGGAGGUGUUCAAGAAGGUCCAGCCAGAUGUCGUUAUUCACACUGCCAGUCCGGCGCCACUUGGAUCAACAGAUGAAUUGCUGAGGAAGGUGAACGUCGAUGGAACAAGGACUCUUGUCGAAGUUGCCGGCGGUGUGCAUGGGGACUGGGGCAGGAAGUGCAAGGCAUUCGUGUACACGAGCUCCUCGUCGGUUGUGCAUGAUACCAGGAGUGACUUGAUCAAUGUCAAUGAGCAGUGGCCUUAUGUGCGAGGGCCAGCGCAGGGCGAGUAUUAUUCCGAGACAAAGGGUUUGGCUGAAGAAAUCGUCCUCAAAGCAAACAACAAUAAUCCUUCUGGUAUGCUGACCUGUGCAAUCCGCCCGGCCGGUAUCGUCGGCGAAAAAGACACAACAGUCUCGUAUAAAAUCCUCGAACAUGGACGUGACGCCUCCAACCUGUCUCUCCGCUUCCAGCUCGGCGACAAUAACAAUCUUUUCGACUUUACAUAUGUCGGGAACAUCGCCUUCGGUCACACUCUCGGCGCCUUUCAUCUGCUCGCCACCGCUGCGCGCCUCGAGGCUGGCAAGGGCGCACCGCUCGAUUACGAGCGCGUUGACGGUGAAGCGUUCAAUAUCACCAACGAUCAGCCCAUGUACUUUUGGGACUUUGCACAUGCGCUUUGGGCCUUGAUGGAUCGCGUUGUCGAGCCAACUGACGUGUAUGCUUUGCCGGAGGGUUUGUUGCAAGUAAUUGGCAGUGUUGCCGAGACCAUUUUCUCGUUGUUAGGCAAGACACCACGGCUGACGCGUAGAGCGGUGCGAUACUCGUGUAUGACAAGGUACUAUUCCUGCCAAAAGGCUAAGGACAGACUGGGAUAUUCGCCCGUGGUCGACAUGCAGGAGACAGCAGCCCGGACAGUGAGUUUCUGGAACGCGACUGCUGCUGAAGCAAAAUCUAAAAAGGCGCAAUGAAACGAAUCAAACCUGUUAAAGGGAUAACAGCAUUCUGAUUCGCAUACAUACAUGUAUAUAGUCCUGAGCUCUAAUUUUUCCUUCUCGUUCCAGAUGUCAUUAUUAUUUUGUAAUCUAUAGAUGCAGUCUUGUAGACUUGGAUUUCAUAGUUCUGCACCAGGGCUCAAUUUGAUGAAGAGCAAACCAACCUUCUAAACAUGUUCCUACAGAAG